CGUCGACUGUCUCAAGUGCUGAGCCAGCGCUGUCGUCCUCUUCAACAUGUUGAGUCGGUCAGCUCUUCGCGCUUCGCGCGCUUUCAACGCCGUCAAAGGCCCAGCCAACCAGACUGCGAAGCGCAAUGCCUCCUCGCAGUCGGAUCCAGCAUCAUGGAAAAACACAGCUUUGCUCUCCUCAUCCGCAGUCCUCGCCGUGGGCUCAGUAGCCUGGUACUACCACCAAUUCGGACGCGUCGCGCACGCUGCAGCUCCCGCUGAAGAAGGUCUUCACGCCACGGCCUACCCUUGGGAGCACGAGAAGUACACCAAGACUUUCGAUCACGGUGCCCUGCGACGUGGUUUCCAGGUCUACCGUGAGGUCUGCGCGUCUUGCCACUCUCUCAGCCGUGUCCCUUACCGAACACUGGUCGGUAACAUGAUGACCGUCGACGAGGCCAAGGCUCUUGCCGAGGAGAACGAGUACGACACCGAGCCCAAUGAUGAGGGUGAGAUUGAGAAGCGACCCGGAAAGCUUUCGGACUAUGUCCCAUCGCCAUACAAAAACGACGAGGCUGCUCGUGCUGCCAACAAUGGUGCUCUCCCCCCGGAUCUCAGUCUGAUCGUCAAGGCCCGACACGGCGGCUGCAACUACAUCUUCUCCCUUCUCACUGGCUACCCCGACGAGCCCCCGGCGGGCGCCGUUGUCCAGUCUGGCUUGAACUUCAACCCUUACUUCCCUGGUACUGGUAUUGCCAUGGCUCGUGUUCUUUACGAUGGUCUCGUUGAGUAUGACGACGGUACACCUGCGACCACUUCCCAGAUGGCCAAGGAUGUUGUUGAGUUCCUCAACUGGGCGGCUGAGCCCGAGAUGGACGACCGUAAGCGAAUGGGAUGGAAGGUCAUGGCCGUCGGCACUGCGUUGUUUGCGGUGUCUGUCUGGGUUAAGAGAUACAAGUGGUCUACGAUCAAGACCCGCAAGAUCUCUUACACCCCACCCACUGGCCCGAUUCCAAAGCAGCCCGGUGGAGUUUUCCGACGAUAGACAGAUUCCAAUGAUACACCAGAGGCGAAAACAGGAAAGUGAUCACUGUCAUGUGUACAGC